AAAAUACUCAAUUCCCACACAACUAUUAACCUCUUGUUUCCUUAAAAGACUUUUUCCCUUAUGUUUCCCACAUUUUCACUUUUGUUAUAUUUUCUUUUUACUUUCAAAUUCGGAACAAAAACAAUUGCAUUUACAUUAGGAAACCAUACUGAUCAUUUGGCAUUGCUCAAAUUCAAGGAUUCAAUAUCAAGUGACUCAAAUGGAGUCUUAGAUUCUUGGAAUGGUUCUAUCCACUUCUGUAAAUGGCAUGGAAUCACAUGCAGUCCUAUGCAUCAAAGAGUUACUGAGUUGAACUUACCUGGAUAUAAGUUACAUGGAUCCUUAUCUUCUCAUGUUGGCAAUCUCACUUUUCUCAGAUACAUCAACCUUGCAGACAACAAAUUCUUUGGAAAUAUCCCACAAGAGUUAGGUCAGUUGUUACAAUUACAAGAACUCUAUCUCACCAAUAACUCGUUCUCCGGAGAAAUUCCCACACGCUUGUCAAAUUGUUUCAACCUUAAGGACUUAUACUUGAGAGGGAACCAUUUGAUUGGAAAAAUACCAAUUGAAAUUGGCUCUCUUCAAAAGCUUCAAGAAUUUAGUGUUAGGGGAAACAAUUUGACCGACGGAGUCCCAUCAUUCAUAGGAAAUCUUUCAUUCUUAACAAUUCUCUCAGUUUCUUAUAAUAACUUAGAGGGAGAUAUUCCGCAAGAAAUAUGUCGCCUAAAAAACUUGAAAAUGAUAUUAGUGUUUGCCAAUAAAUUGUCUGGUACAUUUCCUUCUUGUCUUUACAAUAUGUCAUCUCUUACUACGAUCUCAGCUGCACAGAAUCAGUUCAAUGACUCUCUUCCACCCAACAUUUUCAACUCUCUCCCAAAUCUUGAAGUGUUUCAAAUUGGUGACAAUCAAAUCUCAGGUCUAAUGCCCAUUUCUGUUGCAAAUGCUUCUACCCUUACAAAACUUGAUAUCAGUAAAAACUCUUUUCUUGGAAAAAUUCCAAAUCUUGGAAGGCUAAAAAAUCUUUUGAGGCUAAAUUUGGAAUUAAAUAAUUUUGGUUACAAUUCAACGAAAGAUUUAGAUUUUUUAAAAUCAUUGACAAACUGUAGUAAGUUGCAACUAGUUUCUAUAGCUUAUAAUAAUUUUGGAGGUCAUUUGCCAUCUCUCAUAGGUAACUUAACUUCCCAAUUUAGUCAACUGUAUCUUGGGAGUAAUCAAAUAUCUGGGAAAAUUCCUUUAGAAUUAGGAAAUCUAUAUAGUUUAAUUAUCUUGGCCAUGGAAAACAACCGUUUUGAAGGGAUGAUACCAGGUUCUUUUGGGAAGUUUCAACAGAUGCAAGUGUUAGAUUUGAGUGAAAACAAAUUGUUAGGACAUAUACCAUCCUUCAUAGGCAACCUUAGUAAGAUGUAUUAUUUGAGUUUAGCACAUAAUAUGUUAGAACAUAAUAUUCCCCCAAACUUAGGAAAUUGUCAAAGUUUAAAUCACCUAAACCUUUCACAAAACAAUCUUAAAGGAACCAUACCUAUAGAGGUUUUAAGUAUUUCCGCGUUAUCAAACUCUGUGGACUUGUCACAAAACUCAUUGAGUGGAAACCUACCUGUUGAAGUGAGUCGGCUAAAAAAUAUUAAUAAGCUAGAUGUCUCCGAGAACAAUUUGUCUGGUGAAAUUCCUAUAACCAUUGGUCAAUGCAAAAAAUUAGAAUACCUUUAUUUGCAAGGAAACUCCUUCGGCAAAAUCAUACCUUCCUCUUUGGGGUCUCUUAGAGGACUUCGAUAUUUAGACCUGUCAAGAAAUCGAUUGUCUGGAACAAUUCCUAACGUUCUGCAAAAUAUUUCUUUAGAACACUUGAAUGUUUCAUUUAACAUGUUGGAUGGAGAGGUUCCAAAAGAAGGUGUCUUUGGAAAUGCUAGCGCAUUAGCGGUGACUGGUAACAAUAAGCUUUGUGGAGGUAUUUCUCACUUGCACCUUCCUCCAUGCCCUGUCGAACAUAUGAAACUGGCAAAACACCAUAAUUACCGUUUGAUAGCAGUGAUAGUUAGUGUGGUUGUUUUUCUUCUCGCAAUUCUACUUAUUGUAUCUAUCUACUUGAUGAGGAAAAGAACCAAGAAACCAUUUUCAAAUUCACCAACAACUGACCAACUAGCUAUGGUUUCUUACCAAGACUUAUAUCAGGCUACUGAUGGGUUCUCGGCUACAAACUUGAUUGGAUCAGGAGGCUUUGGUUCGGUGUAUAAAGGAAUUCUUAUGUCAGAAGAUAAAGUCAUUGUUGUAAAGGUCCUGAACCUUGAAAAGAAGGGAGCUCAAAAGAGUUUUAUAACCGAAUGUAAUGCACUCAAAAAUAUUAGACAUCGAAAUUUGGUUAAGAUUUUAACUUGCUGUUCUAGUAUUGAUUACAAAUGUCAAGAAUUCAAAGCUCUAAUUUUUGAAUACAUGAAAAAUGGAAGCUUAGAACAAUGGUUGCAUCUAAGGACAGGAAAUGUAGAGCAUCCUAGAACAUUGGAUCUUAAUCAAAGAUUGAAUAUCAUUAUUGAUGUUGCUUGUGCAUUACAUUAUCUUCAUCAUGAAUCUGAGCAGUUGGUCCUUCAUUGUGAUCUAAAGCCAAGCAAUGUCCUUAUUGAUGAAGACAUCGUUGCUCAUGUGAGUGAUUUUGGUAUAGCAAGACUUGUCUCAUCUGUCGACAGUAUCUCUCCUAAGGACACUAGCACAAUCGGAAUAAAAGGGACCAUUGGAUAUGCUCCUCCAGAGUACGGAAUGGGUUCCGAAGUUUCCACUCAUGGUGAUAUGUAUAGCUUUGGGAUACUUAUAUUGGAAAUGCUUACGCGAAGAAGACCUACAGAUGAAAUGUUUAUAGAUGGUCAAAAUCUUCGCAUGUAUGUUGAAAUUUCAUUUCCUAAUGAUGUUAUGGAGAUUUUGGACCCACAUAUUGUAGCAAGAGAUGAAGAAGCAACAAUUGAAGAUGGAAACAGUUGGAAUCUUAUUCCAACAAUAGAGAAAUGCUUAGUUUCACUAUUUAGGAUUGGACUUGCUUGUUCGAUGGACACACCUAAAGCAAGAAUGAACAUAGCAGAUGCAACUAGAGAGCUAAACAUAAUUAGAAAGACUUUUCUCGCUGGCAAGGUGUUCACCCCCUCACGAGUAAUCAAAGCUGAAAUAAAUUUCGGCAACUAAAGUGCCAUAUGAUGCAGUGCAGGUGAAACUAGAGUCAAAUCACAAGUGUAAAAUUGUUUACUAAGUUUUCCUCUUGCCAUUUGAAUGCAUCAAUCCAUCAUUCAUGUAACAUCAAGCAGAUAUUUAAAAAAUAUAUAAAAAGUCAAGCAUAUAUUUUUAGUUA